AUGCAGUCGCGUGCAUACCCGCGGCGGUUGCUCGCCGCGGCGAGCACGGCGCCGCGCCAGCUGCGGCAGGCCGCCGACAGCACUGGUGCCAACAGCACCGGUGCCAACAGCACGGGUGCCAACAGCACUGCCGGCACCAAUGGCACCGCCAGUGCCAACGGUUCCGCCAGUGCCGGCGAAUCAGCCGCCGCUGAGCAGGCGUUUGCAACUCUCAUGUCCCCUACUGCGCUGGCCAAGGCCUCCGCCGGGGCGGCCAGCAAGGACGGCGCCGCCGUGCAGCUGGACGGCAGCGCGUCCACCCCCGUCUGGGGCACCACCCUGACCAGCUAUCAGUGGGUGGCGCAGCAGACCGCAGGCGGCAGCGCAAAGGCAGAGGCCAGAGGCGUGGAUGUUCAGGUGAUGCUUCCUGCUGGCGACUGGGAUAUCAGGCUUACAGUGCUCGACAGUAAGGGGGGCAGCAGCAGCGACACAACCAAGCUCACCAUAAAUCUGGCCUCGGCAAACAGCAGCAGCAGUGGUGGUAGCAGCAACAGCAGCAGCAACAGUGGCGGCAGCAGCAACGGCACCACCACCACCACCAGCACCAACAGCGGUAACAAUGGCAGCAGCGGCGGCGGCGGCGGUGGCAGCGGUGGGGCCAAUCCAGCGUCGCCGCUGUCACCCGGCAAUGCGUCCUCUGAACCUUUUGGCAGGUUCCUGCCUCUGGUGCAGCCGACACCAACAGUGAACAGCAGCAUCGGUUCGGGCGCCCCGGCGGUGGCGGCCACGUCUGCCGCCGUUGGGUUGUCCGGCUCUGCCGGUGUGACGUCCCCGGCAGCCGGCGCAUCUGUUUUAACAGGGUCUGGUUCAGGCGCUACUGUUGGGUCCAAUGCGCCUGGGUCUACUACCCCGGUGACAGCCCUCGUGCCCACCCCAACAUACGUGUACAUACCCACCCCCGCUGGACCCGUCUCGCCGCUGGCGCCGGCCGCGCCGCCGCCCAGUACGGCCGCCUCGCCGCCACCGACGCCCACGCCCACGCCCGCGCCCACACCGUUGCCGGUGCCGACACCCGUGGCGGGGACGCCUGCAGCGUCGCCGGCGCCUGUCUCAUCGCCGGUCCCCUCGGGCUCAUCGCCAGCACCUGCGCCAACGCCAGCGCCCACGCCCACGGCGGGGCCAACGCCCGUGCCCACCCCUGUGCCUACCCCUGCGCCUACGCCUGUGCCUACGCCCGUGCCCAUGCCCGUGCCUACGCCAGUGCCUACUCCCGUACCCAACCCUGGCAACUCUUCGCCGCCCCCGCCGCCGCCAGCCACGCCGCUUACCCCGUCACCAGCCAGCCCGCCCGCCAACCUGGUUCCCGUGCCGCCGGCAAAGCCGCCCACGACGCCGCCAGUGGCACCCCCGCCGGCAGCUCCGCCUGUCGCGCCACCGCCCGCAGCGACGCCGUCCCCAUCGUCUCCGGCGGCGCCAGUCCCCGGCGACACACCGCCGGACGACGGUCCGAAUCCGGAGCCGUCGCCGUCGCCGUUCCCCUUGGCGCCCGGGGAGAAGCCCUACGCACCGAUGCCGUUUGUCCUUGAUAUUGACAAGUACUGCGCCUCUGAGGCUGCAGUCCCAAAACCCAAGCCAGAGUGCUUCAAGUUCUGGUGCGACCAGAAGGCCAACCUGCAGAACCCGGUGUGCGACAUGCUGUGGACGUUCUGCGACGGCAACGGGCGCAAGAAUUGGGACCUGCCGGAGUGCACGCCGCCCUGCGAGAUGCCCGACAACCAGAGGAAGGACAAGCGCUGCCAGCCGGACGCGCAGCGGCGGAGGCGGUGA